AUGUCUAAAAGGCCGAACCAAGAUGAUCACAGCGUAGAGAAUGAGCCACGCAAGCGCGUGCAACUCGAUCCAGAAAAAGUUCCUCUGACUGGCACUAUUGCUUCUGUCGCGCCUGGGGUGUCGCGCUGGACUGUGGCAGAUAUCCCUCCAUGCCUACCACCUCUGCCACCGAUAAGCCCAGAACUUGAGGAGCAAGUUUUCAGGCAUCCUGGGCUAGGAUGGCCUAACUAUGAGAGGUUGGAGUGGUAUGGUGAUGCAGCCCUCGAAAUGAUAUCCACAGAGCUUGUCUUUGAAACUUUUGACGACCUACCCACUGGACGAAGUAGUCAACUUCGUGAACAACUGGUCCGCAACCUCACGCUCUCAGAUUAUUAUCGACAAUACGGCAUGCAGUAUAAAACAAAGAUUCCCACGGAUAUGGGCUCAAUGGUGGAUUUGAUUAGUCGAAGCGGGAGAGACAAGGAGACGAUCAAGAUCCAAGGCGACGUUUUCGAAGCGUACGUUGGAGCAGUCGUCAAAUCAGAUCCCCACGGCGCCGCGAAUGCCGUCGCUUGGCUCAAAGCACUCUGGGCUGGGACAAUCAAGGACCAAAUCAGGCAAGCAGAGCAGCAUCGCAAAAACGCAUUGAAAGGCCAGCGAUUUCUAGCUCGAUCCUCCGCCACUACAGCACCCACGGAGCAGACAGUCACUACACAAGCUAAACCAACCGUGGGGCCCAAGGCGCCAUCGUCGAACAAAGAACGCCUUGCUCGAUCAAUCGUCGUCAGGGGCAUCAAACUUCGUUACGAAGACAUGCCUUGUAACAAGAAGGAUAAGAACCUCAAUCUCCCCUUGUUUACUAUUGGCGUCUAUCUAGAUGGGUGGGGAGAGGCCGGGAAGCUGCUAGGUUUUGGGACGGCUCUCGGGAAGAAAGAAGCUGGCGAGAAGGCAGCGAAGUCUGUCUUGGAGAAUAAGAAGCAAUUGAAGGUCUAUGAAGCUAAGAAAGAGGCUUGGAUAAAGGAAGCACGGGAAAAGUAG